CAGGGUUGGCUGUUAACAUGGGUUGUCGCUUGGCGACCCUGGGCUGCCUGGGCGAGAGGGUGCUCCGCAGAUUGUUGUUGUUGUUGAGGCUUCAAGCGGUGCACGAUCUCGUGUGUUUUCUUUCUUCUCUCGCCGCAUCGUCCGUGUCACGGCUUUACGUCGCGUUAUGAAGUGUUUCUCGAUUUGAAGUAAGUCGUGCCAUCCCAAACUCCCUUUCAAUUCACCGCCAAUCCCAGCGAAAUGGCCGACGAAUGUUCCAUCUACGUAUCGCUGGUGCCCGAGAAUUCAUGCAAGUUCGAGAGGCAUAAGCUUUCGCCAGUCAAACUCGACGACACUGUCUCAUCGCUGCAGAGCAAAGUCGCCGAGCUGUUCAAAACAAAGACCGAAGACGUUGAGCUGGUGUUCCUGGGAAAGAGUUUGAAGAAAGACGACACGCUGGAAGCAUGUGGGAUCAAGAACGGCAUGACAGUUUUUGUCUACCCACACCACGAACCAGAAAAGCCGACCUGCACGCUCAACAUGCAAGAAAUUCCUAUGAUUGCGUUUGGGACUGCGGUGGUCAACCCAGCCUUCCGGAGUGUGCUGCAGAGCCUGACCAAACCUGAAGUUCUCGAAAGUGUGAUGGCGUCUACGCCGGCCCUUGCUGAUGACCCCAUCGCUGUUGGAAUCCUUCAAGACCCAGAGUUGAUGACUCUUCUGGCAAACCCCACGUUCCUCCGAAAGAUGGCGGAGAGUCAUCCGGCGCUCGUGGAAGCGGCGGUGCAGAUAGCGGUGUCGUUUCACGAAGAGGGCAUGGCCUCAGGGCGUUCUGCGACGCCUCCUCCCGACCCCUCUCUGGUGUCCUACUCUCUGGAUGCCCUCAGUGACGACGACGACAUGGACUCGGAGCUGGAACAGGGCAUGUCGGGGGCUGGCGGGAUGUUCUCGCCGAACCGCAUCACGCCCGCCCAGCUGGCCGCCGCCCUGACGGCCGCGGCUGCAGCACCUGCUUCGGGAAGCCCGGCGUCGUCGUCUCCGCCGGGGGCCACGGGUAGCCCCCGGGUGCCCCCCUCGCCCCGCCUCAGCGCCCCCCCCUCGACCCCCCGCAACCCCAUCACGUCCGAGAUGCUCAACAGCGCCAUGCAGAGCGCCCUGGGCAACCUCACUGUGCCCUCCGCAGGAGGAACACUCCAGUUGCCGUCCGGAACGGCCGGUGGCGGAAGCGUCGAGUCCACGGAUCCAGCUGUCAACUUCCAGAGUCAGCUGCAGCAGCUCCGUGACAUGGGCAUCGCAAAUGACCCGGCGAGCCUCCGCGCCCUCUCCGCGACGGGCGGCGACGUCCAAGCCGCUCUUGAGCUCCUGUUCGGCGACUUCGGCGAGGGCGACUCCAUGAAUGCGCCCACGUAGCCGACCGAUCGCCCAGCCCUUGGAAGAAACGCGCUCUGCGCCGUCUCUUCCGCAUUUGUUUGGGGGGUGGGUGGGGGUUUUUGAGUCGAGACUUUACCGUUCGUUUCGUGCUCCCCUGGCGUUGUUGUUCUGUUUGAAGCUCCGCAUGCGCGCCCUUUUUUUUUGUGUGUCUUGAUCUUUCGACGACUUAGGACGGCGUCGGUAUGGCCCUUCCUUGGCCCGUUCUCAUCAUAGGCGCACACUUGCGCCCACGAGCUGCGAUUGGUUUUUGUUAUUGUACUUGUGGGGCAACCUCGACGUCGAGAGCGGGAGACGAAGAAGUCCUCUCGCAUCGCGAUUCGUUGGGCGAUCGGCCUCGGACAAGAAGCGUGGAAGGGGGAAAAACGGUGUUUUUUUUGUGGUCCUUGUCUCGUGAUCUCCUUUCUUUGCUGCGACCUCAGCCCUUGUGACGUCCUCGUCACUGCAAUCGAAACAAAAGAGUGGGAUUAAUUUUUGGGGGAUGGUGUUGUAGGAGAAAUGUUGGCAAUAGAGCUGGCCAGCUUCAGCUACGCGAGUUCCGACAACCUUGUGGGUGAAAGUAAUUUGACAAAAUAUUUUGCGAUUACUUGCCGCAGCGGUUCAUUUUCAUGUGCCUGGUUGCCGUUGGGUCUGUACCAUAGGUGGCAAUGAGACUUGGGACUCUGCUCUGAGGCAACCACUGGUACAUUGUUGGUCUGGUGUCCGGACAAGCUUACAUCUGUGCUGGCUGGGCUUGGAUGUUGAUUCUGGCAAAGAAUUGGCAGUAUUGGCCGCAGAAUUUGUCAUUCUCAUUAGGUUAUUUCAUUAUACAACUUGACUUAUGCUUUGAUGCCAUCGACUUAUUUAAAGGGGCAAUGUAGCAGUUUUAACUUGGAAAGAAUUUGCAGUUUUCAAUUUUAACAUUGGUUAUCUUACCGAAUGGGACGCAGAAACCGCCUCAUUCUCUCGAAAUAUCGCGACCCCGUUGCGUAAUAGCAAAAAACGGGUAUCUUUCGCAAAUUGCAGCUGCGGGGUGGCGACCGUGGAAACUAGGGUGUAACGCACACCUGGGUGCAUUAUAAUAAGUUGGCAAGAUGUACCAUUGUGUGCUCAAUCUUACACCAUGUUUUACCCCACAUUACCACAAUCACCACAUUUUACAAAUACUGUCGUUUCAGUGUGAGUAUAUGCGUUAAAACCCUCACGUCGUCAACAAAGUUGUAUUUAGUUUUAGUGGCGCCAUCUGCCCGAGGUAAAAAAAAACAUUCCUCCCUUGAGCCUCACCCUAUUGCUACUGUGUCCAACUUCCUUAUGUCAAGGCAGCGGCUCUGAAAGAGAACCCGCACUGGAGAAUCCCUAGUGCACCCGGGAACACCUCACUGCGCACGUGACUCGGAAGACGGUGCAAGAGUGGUUGGGAAGCGCCCAAAACGUCAAUAAAGCACUGGCUAGGUCCCCAAGCGCCUUGGCCCGCACUCGAGAAAUCAUGGGAACGGUGUUCCUUCGGUUGCCUAGUGAUUGGUAAUUUCAGCCAAUUUGAUGCUUACAUACUUUUACUUUUAGUGUAAUCCUGAGUCAUCCUGAAGAAACGUUGUGUAGAGUCCAAAAACCUGUCGUAUCACUUUUAAAAUUUCUUUUCAGUGUUGGUGUUUUUGAGACCGUGCAUGCAAUCCACAAUUCAACCCUGCUGAGUUGCAGAAAUCUCUUGCAGUAUUAUGAUUCUCGUACAGCUUUGAAGACGCCAAUGUUAACUUAGAAACGCUAAAAAUAUUACAAACAGCCCCGCUUACUCGGAGUUAAAUCCUGGUUUUGCUUGUUGUAAAUUCUCAGCUUUCUAAGCAAUUCCUGAUAAAAUAACAAUCACGAAAAUGACACUAUUGUAGGAGAUUUCUGCAGCUCAGCCAGGUUGAAGGGCGGAUUGCAUGUACAGUAUUGAGUGCGCUGACAUUGACGAAUUGACGAAAAAAUUUUAGAACUGAUAUCACAGGUCUUCGGACUCUAUACGACGCUUGUUCAGGAUGACUCUGGAUUACAUCAAACGUGUGUAAGCAUCGAAUUGAUCAAAAUUACCGAUCACUUGAGAACAGAAGGAACACCGUUUUCAUGUGCAAAUGGUCUAUUGUUUGACAAUCUUUUUUAAAAAGAACUAAAGCGCUCAAACAAAAUUGGUUUUACUUUUUUUUUUAUCCAGACGUGGCAGGGAACAACUCCCACAAUUAUUUGACUGAAGUCCAAACAUUGUUGCACGGCCCCUUUAACUGCCGUAUGCACUAUAAUUUUAAAGGGACCCAUAAUUCGGCGGUGGGUGCAUGUAGUUUGGGUUAGUGGAAGGAUUCAAUAUAAACCAGCUUCUUUUCUGUAGCUGUGCAAUACUAGGCCUACUGAUGAUAAGCUUAAAAAACUUUCAGGUGGCUGACGUGUUUAUUUUGACUGACCCUCGGAACAGUGGGGACACCGGGGACACUUGUUUUGUGGAAAUCAUGGUUUUUGCCUCCUAAAUGGCAGUAGCGGUCUUGCUUUCUUUUGUAACAAUGAAUUGGUUGUAACACGAUGAAUUGGAAUUAGCUGGAGUAAAUGUGUAGCUGUUAAUGGUAACCGUGCACCAUUAUUGCUACUUGCAUGACAAAUUGCAAGGAAUGCCAGUCAGGAUAUUUCAUGUUGGGGUCUAUUAUUACUACAUUAUUUCCCUAAAACCAUUUUCUGUUUUGAUGGUCUUUUUGUACCUAAAUCCUAAAGCAUAGUGUUACACCCUUACAUACUUCAGACUUUCCAUUUGUGGGUUCCCUCUUUGAAGCGUUGGACUAGCUCCAACAUGAAAUGCUCCCAGAGGACGCAGGUUCGAAAGAGCAGCUAAUUGGGUACCUUUUAGCUCUGAACGCGAUGAAGGCUGUGGUUUGAACAAACCUUUCAUAUGAAAAGCAUAAAUGGCUUAAUAUUUUUGAGCAGGUGUGUUACAGCUGGGAUUAUCGUCGGUGCAGACACCAAAAAGGCUUCCUUUUGAGUUUGGGAUAAAGGACUACUCGUGUCGAGAUCACGCAAGAAGUCUAAGUUCACACUUUCCUCCAUACUGGAGAGUUUUCGGGAACUUAUUGAUGUAUGGGAUUGUGUUGAAAUGCUUGAGGAGUGGGCAGACGUCAGUUAUGCGAAAUAGGUGUUUACGGUUGAAGUGAAGCUCGUACAGACCAGUUUGGAAUUCCACUAUAUUUUUUGGUGAAAAAAUAAAAUAAAAAUGGGCGUGGUGUUUUUCCAAAAAAUCGGUUUUUCUGCAAUCUGAGGAUCGCAGACUGCUGUCAUGAGAUGCAGGAAAUGUUGGGAGAAAUGAACUGACUGGGUGACUUUCAGCAAUGGUUUAGUUUCGGAAGCGGUGCAAUGCCUGUUGUAAGUUGCUGCUUGGCAUCUUUCAGAGGUUGCACUGUCUUGACAUCUGAAAAUCUUGCCCAGUCCAAAGCUACCUUUACAGGAAGUAAAGCUCUGGCACUCACAAAGUUUGAAGUACCACAUAUUUACUGCUUUCUUUUUCAGCCCUUUUCUGCUAUAGUUUUCGGUGUAUUGUAGGUUUAGUUGAUGCAGUGUUAUACAUUCAACUCAGUCAAUCAAGCACACAAGAACAAUGAACGUGAAGUCAGAUCUCAAAUGCAGGCCUGGAAUUUUUUUUUUUUAAGUAUUGUGUGUUUACCUUUAGAAGUGCAUAAUACUUAAACAUGAACAAGCAUUUAAGAGUUACUUUUGCUUGUCCAGAGGCCUUUCUGAGCUUCCGUGGAAUUUUGGUGCAUUUUUUUGUUGUCUUCCGGAAUGCAUUCUGAUCAAUAUAGUCAUUCAUUUUCUACUACCUUGGUUGCACUAGCCUAAUAAGAUUCACAGCAGUACUGGAGUUCAUGUUACAUGUCAUAUUGUUACAUGGUUAAAGUGACAGUUACAUAUCACUUGCUCUGUUCUUUUUAGAUUCCACUGCCCAUAUUUUUGGAGGUACUGUUGACCACAUAGACACCUUCCCAGUCUCGCAGUGUUUUCACUCAUAAAGUCUAGUUUCGUAAAGUUCUCACAAGUCUAGUUCCCAGCUCAGGUUUCGAGUAAAAUUCUGUGUUUGGCCUAUUUUAUAUGUGAUUUCUUUUGCACAAAUGUACAAAGGAUGAACCACGAAUAAACAAUUAUAACAAACA